GGCCGAAACAAGCUUGCUAACUCUUGGAUUCGUUUCAGCGCAUAGGUCGCCGCCAGAAGGACCAGCAGCCGCCGUCUCCUUGCGCGCACGACGACGAGCACGUCGGAGCGCCGAAUCGUAACCAGACCGUACGCCGCUGCUUGGCUCAGUGCUCGGCGGUGCUCAUCCCCAGAGGCGAACGCGCAGGGGCGCGCGAGAAGCUUGUCGGAGGCGGCGGCGGCUGCUGCUGCUGCUGCUACGGCUUAUCUUAUCCCUCAACUUGCGACGAGAAUUUCCGGGUGAAUGGCCCCUCCGGCCGCGAGCGCGCUGCCUCUCUGCGCAGGGUCGUUUCUGCUUCCGUGGCGCAAUCCGGCUUCCGUCUGCGUCCUAACGAGACCUCCACUUCUCAAUGUCGUUGCAAUGCCGCAACCUUGUCUUGUUCGCCGAUUUGCUCCGGCCAGCCGUCGAAAAUGUCUGGCUUCGUCGGGCCGUGGGAGUCAGGGGCUUCGCACCAGCCAAUACCAAUUUGAUGACGAUGAGCCCCUGUGGUUGGCGAUGGUCAGAGAUUUUGCUGCGGGUUUGAGGAGCUUGGUGGCCUUCUUGGCCGAGCAGCCGAGGCAAUUGAAGCACCUGGAGUGGCCAGGAUUUCAGAAUACGUUGAGGACGGCUACACUUACUCUCAUACUUGUUGCGGUGUUCAUUGUUGCGUUGUCUUCUGUUGAUGCUGCCCUUUCGUACAUCUUGUCCUGGCUACUUCGGAAAUCUGCUUAGUCUGCUGACAUGGAAGUUGUUCCCACGGAAGCAUGUUGAGUGGAGGCAGAUCACAUGGACAGAUGAAGAUGGAGAAGGAGAUCGAGUUGGACUGGAGAUGAAGUGGCCAGGGGUUUACCGGCGUGAGCUAGUGGUGUUCUUCAUCCUCCAGGUUCUCUCUUACGAACCCAUCUUUUUGGCAGGUUGUUUCAACUGGUGUUGCCUCGAAAGUUGAAAUCAUUCGUGCUUUAUACUGGUGAGAAAAAUGCACGUCCUUCUUGAUGGAGACAGCUUGGGAGUUGGGACGGGAGCAGGGACCACGGACGACAAAGAAGCUGAUGUAGUGCGAUGAUAAUAUCGAAGUUCUCAUCUUUAUUUAUCUCAAUUCAAUUUGUUUCCGCUGUGUCAUCCAAAAGAGCACAUUCUUCUUUGUCUGGGAUCACCCCCACAAUUCCAAAGCACAAUUGACAAUUCACCUGAGCAUCUCACACGUGAACUCUGCCUUUUUAUGCUCACAAAAUAAGGAUUCCAGAUGCAUAUUACAUGAGAGAAAGACAUAAAAGACUACUGCAUAAGUAUUGUUUGUACAUAAGUUUCAAACUAGCUGUGCAAGGUCGCAACACAAAAGCCAAUCACAUAAAUUAUGAUACGGUACAGGCGACUACCAC